GCACCCACCUGGCCAUGGGCCAAGAGUCCAUAGCCCACCCCAUGCACCUACGCUAUUUUGUUUUGACCCCUCGAGCCCUCUUUUUAUUUGAACCAGCCAGUCCCGCCGCGGCACGCACACCCUUCCCAUAGAAUAUUCCACCGAUUGCUUGCAAUGUGUACGUAGCUGCUGCUAGUAGAUGGCCGCGACGUCCAACAAUAAAACAUCGACCACAUCGCCCACGGAUACUAAUCUUCAAUCGCCCACCCUCCCGAGCGACAAACCCUCGCCUGUCGGUCCCGGUCUGUUGGCUACCCAAGUUCCAGCACCACAAGCCGCCGUGUCCACCUCCACUCCCGCUUACACUCCCACCACCACCACCACCUCCACCUCCGCCUUCACCUCCGCGCCAUCACCGUCGCCAUCGUCCACCAUCGCCCACCGCCCACACCACUCCAGCAGCCCCUCCACCAUCUCGUUGCGCGCGGCUGGUUUUCUUGGCUUCUUUGACAGAACGCUCUCGGGCAAAUCCGAGCCCAGAGUCCGUUCGCGCCAAUCACUCAGCCGUCUUUCGACUGGCCCCGAGGCUCUCGCCACUCUUGCUGCCGUCAGUGGCAUCCAGUCUGGCCAGUCGAGCCCCGAGAGACCUCCUCGCAGCAUCCGAUCGGCGUCGCAGUCGACCAGGAACCCCCCCUCUCAGCCUUACAGCGAAACCGACCCAAGCAGACCCGAACCGACUCUUGUCGGUCGAUUGGACAACAAAAUGCACCAAACAUCGUCGAGGUUACUCCGCAUGACGGAUGAUGAUAGGCCGUUUACUAAAGACUUCAAGGAUUUAUUUGCGACACUAAUUGUCAGCCUUCUGCCACUGUCGGCCCAUCGCGUACGAUUGACCAAGAUUGAGCACACCUUUUUGUCUGAAGAUGCCAUCAACAAUCUCGGAUCGCUCAAAUUCUCCCAAUCCAACCGUAUGCCUGAUCCCAAGGACCCCUCCAGGAUUGUGACAACCACCACCACAACGACGUUCUCCAUGGCUAAGGACAUGGCCCGUUCGAUUUGCCAGAGGUUUCUGGAGGCGCGGUUUAUCGAGUCGGCGGACGGGAGGUAUCAGCAAGUAUACACAAUGAAGGGCUCGGUAUGGCAGCUCACGCCCAAGGGCAUCUCUAUUUUGGACCGCUUCUGCUCAAGGAACGGCAUUCAGCAAAAGCAGGUGGCCGAGCUUGUCGGUGCCUCGCUCCCACAGCUGGUUUCUCUGGAGCGCGAUGGGCAAACCGACAAGCUCCUCACAGACCGGGGAACUAUCGAGGUUAUCUUCAGAAGAUUCAUUGGCGCUAACGGCCCCAAUGUGAAGAGCAGCGUCAGCUCUGCCGACUCGGACUCGUUGAGCGACUACAAGGAUGGCCUUACUGGGGUCAAGAUGGCCGCGGAACGCAAGGUCGGAGGAAAGACGUUCAAGGAUACCUUUACCGGAAAGUCAGCAACGGAUUGGUUGAUGGACUGCUCCACCACGGUCGACCGCCGGGAAACUAUUGAGAUCGCUUCUCUGUUUGUGGAAUACGACCUUAUGGAGGCUGUCCAGCAAGAUCGCUCUCACAUGUCCCAGUAUCCCGCUCACAACCUUUUUCAACCAACAAAGCAUGCCAUUUAUCAGGUUACGGCCAAGGGUAGGGAUCUCGUGAACGGGGCUCUGGCCCGGGGGCGGCCAUCAGAAAGCGACGGCCAUAACACUAGAAGUGGUAUCGCCAAGGAUUCGAACACGCAACGUCUGGACAAGAUUCUCAACGACCCCGCGCUGCGGUUGCUGUUCCGCGAGAACCUCCGUGAGACGCACUGCGAGGAGAACCUCUCCUUCUAUAUCGACGUGGACGAGUUUGUGCGCCAGUGCAGGACGGCCAUCAAGUCGGUGCAAAGGACCCCUGCCAAUGUGUCAUCUCUGGACGGGAUCAAGGAGAUUAUGGCCCAGGCUUAUGGCAUCUAUAACGCAUUUCUGGCUCCCGGUUCUCCCUGCGAGCUCAACAUUGACCACCAGCUGCGUAACAAUCUCGCCACCCGCAUGACCAAAGCAGUCGGGCAGGAUGUUGCCAUGAUUGAUACGCUCCACGAGGUCACCGCUCUGUUCGAGGAUGCUCAAAACGCCGUCUUCAAGCUGAUGGCUAGUGAUUCCGUCCCCAAGUUUUUGCGCAGCCCAAAGUACGAGCAGACAUUGAAGAACUACAACUUUGACACGAUCGGAGCCACCCACGGCCAGCCCCGUGUACCAGAACGGAGUCAAAGCAGGUCGAAUCGCAAGUGA